AUGGACCGCAAGUCCGAAAAAAUACAAGGAGACCCUGCCCUAAAUGUAACGACGAAUUUAUGCGUCAUCCUGAAGGAAGUCCACGACCCCCGCACCAAGGCUACCGAACCUCUGCUCAUCUCCGACGAGACAACACUCCUGGAAGCGGAAUCGCAAACCCUGAAGCACUGGGCCGAGCAUUUCAGGGCACUCCUCAACCCCUCAUCCACAAUCUCCGACGCCGCCAUUAACAAACUCCUCCAGCUGGAAACCAGCAAUGAUCUGGACCCCCGUCAUCCCUCAGAGAAAUAA